AGUUCCCAAAACUCCAACAUGAUCGUCCAGAUGCAAGAUAGAAUUGAUGGCAUCUAAAUGAAAAUAACAGCAAUUCAAUCAAAGGAAAUCCCAAGGUCUUACUAGUGACUUGCUGUGUGUAAUAUUCUUUGUACAUGAAACUCAGAAAAACAGGAACGAAGAUUGGCAAAGUCAUGAGGUUAAUUAGGACAUGAAUGGACCAAUUAAGUGAACACAUUCAGUCUUGUCAAAUUUCAUCCCAAUUCUUAUCUUGUUCCAUUCGGAUUAGUCAAUCAACUUCCUCAAAGUCUAAGCUAGGGUUGCUUUCCUGUUCCUUCAUGGUUAAACGAAACAUCUCCGUUGACCAAAAGUCAAGGUAAUGUCUAGAUUAUUUAAGAUGCAUUCAUCCAUGCUCAAUGUAUCCAUACCCACAAGUCCCAUACAGAAGCAUAGGUUUCUUUGCUACUACCACCACUGCACCAAUGUCAUGCAUCAUGCUACUUAUUGCCCUCUUAUUUCUUUCUUCCCCGAAGCUGUUAGCUGAAAGCCAGUCCAUCUGCAGCAAUGCUAACAUCUUGUACAUGCGAAGCAGUACCUACAUCUCUAACCUAAAUUCCCUCGCUGAAGCACUAUUUGCCAAUGUGACAAAUUCAAACUCACACUCAGCUCGUGACACAGCUGGUAUGGGUCCUGACAUGAUCUAUGGAGCAGUGCUAUGCCGAGGAGACACAACCCCCGGCACUGAUUGUGCAUACCGCCUCAAGAAGGUCCUUGAUGCAGCAAGGAACAACUCAGCUAAUAGUUCCUGCUCUUCCCAAAGGGACAUAACCUUGUUUGAUGAUGGGUACCUGGUCCAGCUAAGAUUCUCUGACCAGGAUUUCAUCUCCAACUUCAGCAACUCUCAGGAAUGCAUAGUGAGAGCUAAUCUGAACCCUCCACCAUUAGGUCAUGUUUCAGAGCAGUUCGAUAGUCUUGUCUCCAAGCUGAUGGCAGAACUCACAGAAGGCGCAACAAAGAAAACAGCCAGGUACGAGACAGGCCAGGGCUGGCACACCGAGAAGAGCCAGACAGUAUAUGGCCUUGUGCAGUGCACAGAGGACAUGCCGCCGGAUAUGUGCCGGACUUGCCUGAAUAGCGCCAUCAAGAAGAGGGAGCAGAUGGUUAAAAGUGGCCAGAUGGGCGGCGCAAUCCUCGGUGUGCACUGCAGCUUUUGGUACCAAACAGAAGUUCAGUUUUUUGCUGGCGCGCCAGUGUUGUCAUUAAAUAUGCCCACACCAAGCAAAUUUUGGAUCUGGGUCACAAUUGGAUCGUUCUCAGUCGUGGUUUCAAUUUCUUGGCUGCUUGUUCAUAUUUGGAUCAAAACAGAGAGGAAAAGAGAAAGAGCAAGAUUCGAACUACAAUUGCUAUCAAUGGCAAUACAAAAUGUAAUCAAUUUGUGGAGGAUUGAAGAAGGCAACUCAGGGUUUUCUCUGUAUGAUUUCUCUCAGAUAAAGGAAGCCACAGGCAACUUCUCUAGUGAAAAUAAACUUGGACAAGGUGGUUUUGGACCAGUUUAUAAGGGCCUAUUGCCUGGUGGUCUAGAAGUAGCGGUCAAAAGACUUGCAGCAUGUUCGGUACAAGGUUUGUUAGAGUUCAAAAAUGAAAUUCAGCUGAUAGCAAAACUUCAACACAAAAACCUCGUUAAGUUACUUGGCUGCUGUAUCCAAGGAGAUCAAGAGAAGAUGCUUGUCUACGAAUAUAUGCAAAACAAAAGCCUGGACAUCUUCAUAUUCGGCAAGCCUGCCAUAACUUUUAACCAUUCUCACAUGCUGCAAUUUGAGGUGCUUACAAUUUUUUUUAAAUUUUUUCCAUAUUUUUGUUCUUAUUUUGCAGAUAUUAACAGAGGAGGGCAGUUGAACUGGUCCAUGCGUCUACACAUUGUUGAUGGGGUAGCGCAGGGGCUCUUGUAUCUUCACAAGCACUCACGAUUUUGUGUUGUUCAUAGGGAUCUGAAAGCAAGUAACAUCCUCUUGGAUAGCGACAUGACUCCAAAAAUUUCUGAUUUUGGGAUAGCAAGAAUAUUCAGCUCAAACAUGAUGGAAUCAAAUACAACCAGAAUAGUAGGCACACAUGGCUACAUAUCUCCAGAGUAUGCCUUUGAUGGAGUUUGCUCAAUCAAGUCAGACGUCUUUAGCUUUGGAGUCUUGGUCUUGGAAAUUAUAAGCGGAAAGAGGACUACUGGUUUCUAUCCAUAUGAUGGAAAAUUAUACAAUCUCAUUUCGUAUGCUUGGAAACUUUGGGGAGUUGGAGAAUGGCGCCAGCUGGUUUGUUGUCGUAUAGGAGAAGAUCAUGAAGCGAUAGAAAGGUGCAUUCAGGUGGCACUUUUAUGUGUUCAAGAGAGCGCAGAGGACAGACCUGCUAUGGAUGUUGUGGUUAGCAUGCUAAACAGUGAGAAUGUGAGCCUGCCCAAGCCAAAGCAACCAGCUUACUUCUUUGUGCGCUCUAGCGGGUCAGAAGCUCCAUCAUGCAAUAUUAAUAUAAGUAUUACGCUAGCAAGAUAAAUUAGCAAUCCAAAAGAAUGUGAACCAACCAUGUUUCUGUGGUGUUAAGGGAGCUCCAAGUCUAAUGUAGUGGUUUGUCCGUAUAUAUGAUCUUUUGUUUUUGUUUGGCCAAAUGGUGUUUCCACUUUUCUGUUUCAGGGUUAACUAGUGUCAUGUAACUCUGGUCUUAUUGUUAUGUAUAUGAUUUUCUCUGUAUCCAUGCUUAAAUGGUGCUGUAACUUGUACUCAA